AAUUUCGAUUAUUCAUACAUUAGAAAAAUGGUCAAGAAUACCAUCCAACACACAUAUUCUCAUGACACACGGACCACCAGUAUAUAUAUUAGAUAGAGUUCAAAAUGAAAAUGUAGGAUGUGUAGAUUUGUGGGAAAGAGUUAAAGAAAUCAAACCUUUAUUUCAUGUGUUCGGUCACAUACACGAAUGUUAUGGUGUGGUUGAAAAGAAAUGGGAGAACGGCCACGAAAACGAUGCGAAAUCAACUGUAUUUAUAAAUGCAUCAUCAUGUUCAGAUGACUAUAAACCAGUGCACAAACCUAUUGUGUUCGAUCUACCUCCAUUGAAUUCUUCUGAAUAA